CGUCAGGUACAUUUAGAAUGAAAGUGCAUGGUGGAAAGUAAAGAUUUUCUCAUUAUUUUAAACAUGCCUUUUUUAAUUUUAUUAAUCUGUACCCGGAUAUUUUUUUAACUUAUUUUGAAGUUGAGUCCAAUUGAGUUAUCCCACCCCAUCAGUAUUCUUACGCGCUUACACAGAUGUGAAUCUUCGCAAUUGUCUAAAACUGAUUAAUUUCAACUGUGACAAUUUAAUUAUCAUAUUAUUGUGGUUGUAUUCUUUCUUAAGUAAAAAGAACCGUUUAAAUAUCCUCUCUCUUAAAGGUUUUUACCUUUUACUUCACACAAUAAUGCUCAGCGAAAGGACAAAAGCAGCACAUUUCGAAUUUUGAAGUGAUAAUAACAUUAAUCUCAGCGUUACGAACUACUGCAUAAAUGACAUCUCCGGCUUUUGUUUCCUGAUCGUUAACCUUUGCAAUUAAUUCGCAUUUUGCUAUGUUUAUUUCAAUCGAUCCACGCGUCUCUGGAUAAUUAAUUACUACUGCAUAGGAUGCUCAUGCGGUGUUUUAGCCUAUUCUGCAACGGACCUUAGUUAUUCUACACUAAAAGCCAGAGAUUUUAGUAGGUUCCAUUAUCCAUUAUAAUAACACUGGCCAUUUUAUUCCGCGUACUGCAACACUUCCUGCUUAUUAGAUUCCUCUGUUUUCAGAAUGCGUGCCGCAAACGUAAGUAUUCGGGCUGGAACUGACCAAUUCAUGAGAGGUGGUGUGGUAAUAAGGGCCUCAAAUAUAUACGUUCAUCCGAGUUAUAGUAAUGUUACCCAGGAUUAUGACAUAGGUUUAAUCAGACUUGCUUCACCACUCACUUUUGGUCCAAAUAUAUCUGCAGUAUCCCUUGCGAGAAGUAAACCCGCAGUGGGAACGUCGGCUCUUGUUUCUGGUUGGGGAGAUUUAGAUUCUACCAGCGAAACCAUCCCAACACAAUUACAAAAAGUUACACUACCAGUUGUUGCUGACCUCCAAUGUCCUCCUGUGUAUACUCCAAGAAUGAUAUGUGCAGGAUACCGUAAUAGAAGCCAGAGUCCUUGUUAUGGUGACUCUGGGGGCCCCUUGGCUGUAGGAAGUACCCUCAUUGGUGUUGUUUCCCACGGCCGUGAUUGUACUGGAAUUUCGGUUUACGCCAACGUUGCAAGUCUUCGUAGUUGGAUAUUAUCAAUUGCAUCAAUUUGAGUUACAACUCUAUAAAGUUGUGUAGAGAAUAUAUUUUAAACAUUCAUUAUUACUGAUAAUGUAAACAAUUAUGAUAAAAUAAAAAAUAAAAAUAGUAUAAAUAUA